UAGUAUCAUCAAUUGAGCUGCUAUGAAGUUAGAUUCGGGAUAUCUCUAUGUACGAAUGCACUAGCUAAAUUUGUAGGAAAAUGUAAACUGAGUGGGAUUUGCCCGCAAACUAAAAUUAUCUGUCAGAUGGAAAGAUGAUCAUUGGAUUCAGGUUGAAUAAGAUACCCGUGAACAAUGUGGUUGCUAUGACAACAUCUAUAUGGUCCACUGAUGAUCUAUUAAAAUCUCCUCUUUUUUUCAUCGGGUUGUUUCAUGUUUAUAUCAAUUGCGAUAAAUAAUAUCACCGAAUGCAUGUUUAUUACAACUUAGAGCAAAACUCAACUGCGUCGACUGGGCAUUGCUUUAUUUCCCAUUUCCUAUGUUGUGAGUUUCGUUCUACACUCGCGGUUGAAAUGGUUGGCAGACUGACGCACAGUUCGUGAUUUAGUAGGAGCUUGAGAUGCCAACAUUUGUUAGGGAUCCUUGUGGUAUUGUAUGUAUUUUCAUGACAUAUGUGGCUGUUCUUUACGCGGACUAUGUAGUAGUGAGGUGGAUAAUUUUACAAACGAUGCAAGACAGCUUAUGGGGACCAUUUCAUGUAGUACUCUUUAACACAAUUGUAUUUCUGUUGGCAAUGGCACAUAUGAAAGCUGUUUGUUCAGAUCCAGGAGUUGUACCAUUGCCUCAAAAUAGGGUAGAUUUCUCUGAUAUUCAUUCAGGCUCUCAAUCUGCACUUCAGCGUGAAGACUGGACUGUAUGCACACGUUGCGAAACAUACAGACCACCAAGGGCACAUCAUUGUCGGAUUUGUAAACGUUGCAUUCGUAGAAUGGACCAUCACUGCCCUUGGAUAAAUAAUUGUGUUGGUGAACAAAACCAAAAGUAUUUUAUUCAGUUCCUAGUAUAUGUGGGUGCUCUUGCUGCAUAUGCAAUCACAUUAGUUAUUGUAUCCUGGGUGGUAGAUUGUCCAGAAUGUGACAAUGAGAUUGCUGUAAAACAAAGCAGAAUACUUCAUUGUGUAAUCUUGGUGAUUGAGAGUGCUCUAUUCGGAAUGUUUGUUUCUGCUAUCUUGGUGGAUCAAUUUCAAGCCAUCUUCAAUGAUGAGACUGCCGUAGAACAGGUUCAGCAACAAGGCCCAUAUCGACCAAAUAAAUCUAAAUUGGCCCUUCUGACUGAGGUUUGUGGCCGUGGCCAUCCUCUCCUAUGGCUUUUGCCAUGUGCAGGUGUUCCUCGACAUUUGGACGAGCCUUUGCUGACUCAUGGUGUAUGAGUUGAAAAUGUGUGUAUGUGCGUGUGUGUAACCGAACUUUCCAAUAUAACUUAAAAAAAAUGUGAUGAUUAAACAUUCUUGAAGGUCUUUGGCAUGUAUUUGGAAUUUAUUAUGAAUUUAUAAGAAUUUGAAUGUCUGGUGAGUAUUUCUGUCAUUUAGUAAUAUUCUAGGAACCAGUUAUAUAUUCUUUUCACAAAUGGGAAUGAUGUUCAUUGAUUAAUUCUUUUAUAAGUAUUGUAGGAAAAUCUGUUUAAGAAUGUAUGUGAAUUUGCUUACAUGCCAUUUGUAUGCAUGUGAAUUGUUAUGCAUUUAUUCGUAUUGCUGAUUCUUUAUGUAAGUCUUCAAUUCAUUCUAGAUAAAAAUUCAAUUUGUUUUAUUGGACCUGUUGUUGUGUAUGUGGUAUGUUUUGUAUGCAGAUAUAUUUUAAUUAGAUUUAUAUUUGUAUGUUGAUGUGUAGCAGUUGGCUAGAACCUGCAAAUCAAAUGUCUCAUUUUGAGAAUUUUGGACUAUGGUCUCAAAUGGAUUUGAGAACUUGAAGAUCCCAAAUGCCUUCAUGAAUUUGAAAUAUGUUUAAUAGUGUAAUAUAUAGACUAUACCAAUUUUUCACUAUUCCAUGUGGCUUUGGGUCUUCGAAUAAUGAUCACAGACAAAUAGUAUGUUGGUUUCCAUGUGUGCAGUAACAGCCAUCUGGGAUCUCCUGGUUGUGAGGUAAAUUUUGGAGUUGUAGAUUAGUGGUUUUAGUCCCAACGUGAAAAUCGAUGUAUCAGGAUCAGCCACUUAUUGCUGAUCUAUAAAUUUGGUUAACUAUUAUCCAUUUUUUUAUCUUAUCGCACAAUUUUUUCCAGUGCCCAUUCUGUAUUAAUGAGAAUAUCAAUUGAUAAGGCUUUGUAUGUUUGUGUAACUUACUUUCCACAUUAAAGCAUUUUAUUUUACAAAGUGAGAAUGAACAUUGGAUUAAAACAAAUUAAUUAGGGGGGACAAUUUAUAUUUGCUUAAUUGCCAUAAGGUGCUUAUGUGUCUUUCCUAUUUUGGUAUAAUUUUUUUUGUUCCAACAAACAUGAAGAAAAUUCCAUCUUGCCAGACCAUCAGUUCUUAUCAUUGCUGGAACAUAUUUCAGUAUUCUUUCAUCCAAAUGUAUUCUACAUUUAUGUACCUGUUAUAAAGGUAUAUUGUGGGCAGAUUGGAAAAGUGUUUCUAGUAUUUUAAAUUAUGCUGUUCUUGUCACAUAUUUUCAUUUUAAUGCUGAUGUACCUUAUAAUACUCAAAGUUUUUAUAAGGAGAAAACAGAUUAACGUGUUCCACAAAAUAUAGAUCCCUGAAUGAGUUACUUGCCUGUUACUGUGUUUGGAGACUUGUAAAUACAAAUUGAUUUGCUAACUUUAGGAUUUACCACUAAGUAUGUAUAAAAUACAUUGUCUGCCAUUGUGAACUAAAUUGUAUUUGUUUGAUGACUGUUGCGUAACACAUCAGCACUAAUUGUAAAAAGAAAUCUACAGGUGCUGUGAGCUAUUCUUGGCUAGACCAAUUGUAUGGAUGAUACAAAACAGCAUUCAUGAAGGAGUACUCUUGAGUAAAGGUUGAAACAAGAGAAUGAACUGUUUGGGGUGUCAGGUGUUAUGUAUUAAUUAUUGUAUAUGUUGUGUAAUGCUUUGUACAUAAUUAUUAUUUAUUUUCAAGUCUUGUUAAAAAUUGUGAUUUGUACUGUGAUGAAAAUGGGAGAAAAAAGUUCUGUUCUGUAGAGUAUUUCAUUGUUUCAGUGCUCAUUUUAUAAUAUAUUUCAAAUGAUAGGAAGUGAUGAGAAAAAUUAUGGUUUGUACAGUAUUAUUCUUAGUUUUUUGAAUGCAGUAGUUCAUGAUGAAUAUUUACAAAAUUCUCAAAUGUAUGGUCAUUACACGAGAUAUUUUUU